AUGGUGCAAGUGUAAUACGAGGAAAUCUCAAUGGUGUUGCUACACGAAUGAUACAAAUAAAUCCAUAUAUAUUUACUACACAUUGCAUUGCUUAUAAAUUAGCAUUGGCCUGUGAAGCUGCUGAAAAACAGGUUCAAACUUUAUCAAAAUAUCAAGAAGUUCUUAAUAUGCCAAUUUUAAAGAUUAAAAAAAUUUUUGAUAUUUGUUGGCUUUCUUUUUAUGAAGCUAUAAAUAAUUUUUGUUUAUCUAUUGAACCUUUACUAGACACAUUUCUUCAUACUAUGAUAGAAUCAAAAAAUUGA